AUGGAUCCCGACGCAAGCAUCCCCGCCGAACCCGCCCCCUCGGUCUUCAGCUAUGUCCUCUCCUUCCUUCUAGUCGGCGUAGCAUGGGGCUUCACAACCCCCUUUAUCCGGCGCGCCGCGGCAGACUUCAACGCACGACAAGAAAGACAAGCCUCUGGGUCUGACACAACACGCGGAAGAUCACGGUCACAAGGUGAAGGCGAAGAAGAGCAGGAAUUGCUUGCGACGGAAGAGCAGGGACAGAAUGAGGGUGUGCGGAGACGAAGUGGGAGUCAGCAACGGGCGGAGGAGGAAGGCGAUGGGAGCGCAGCACAGUUAAAUGCAGAGUUAGAGGGCGAGGCAGAUAUUGAUAAUGCGCCUGGGCCUGUGCCUGUGUGGAAGCGUCGGACUUCGUCGGGCUCUUGGGUCAAGAGGAAGAUUGUUUCGAUUUUCUGGACGGUCAUUAACCUUCUCCGGACGCCGGCUUAUUCUAUUCCUUUGGUCAUUAAUUUGACGGGGAGUAUUUGGUUUUUCCUUUUGGUCGGAAAGCAUGAACUGUCUCUGACUGUUCCGCUUGCCAACUCGAGUGCGUUCUUGUUCACCGUUCUGGGCGAGUGGUACGUUGAGCGCAAAGUGAUUGCAAAGCAGACUUGGUUGGGGUUGAUUCUGGUUUUGGGUGGGAUCGCAUUAUGUGUGCACUCAAAGAACCAAACCGUCUAG